AAAGAAAAAAAAAUCACAAGUUAACAGUGGACAAUAAUUAAAAGGCUCAGCGUCUUUAUUGUAAGGUACGUUGAAUCUUAAUCAGUAUAAUAAUUUAUUAUUAUUAUUCAUCAGAAAACUUGAGAAGUAAAACAUUUGACAUUGAGCUAUAUCAUGGAAGUGGAUGAAGAAGACGUUGAAACUCCAUCAUCGAGUACCAGCAACCGUGGUGAAAAAAAAAGAUUUGAGGUAAAAAAAUGGAAUGCUGUGGCACUUUGGGCUUGGGACAUUGUCGUAGACAAUUGUGCUAUUUGCCGUAAUCACAUUAUGGAUUUGUGCAUUGAAUGCCAAGCCAAUCAGGCAUCAGCGACUAGUGAAGAGUGUACAGUCGCUUGGGGUGUGUGCAACCACGCAUUUCACUUCCAUUGUAUAUCUCGCUGGUUAAAGACUCGACAAGUAUGUCCGCUCGAUAAUAGAGAAUGGGAGUUCCAGAAAUACGGGCAUUAAAAAGUCAAUUGAGGCGAAAUCUACCUACACUUUAUUUUUAAAUAUCUCAUACAUAUUUCAAUACUAAUGUAACAUAGGUAAUGUCUAAUUUAAUUUGGAUGUAAAAUUAUCAGUCUUAAAUGUAAUAAAUCGGUGUUCUAAUUUUUUUUA